AUGGGCCUCGAGCGCAAUUUCGCCGGCGAUCACAAGGCGCACUUGGGAUAUUGGGGCCCUCCUACUUCUGUUGCCAACUUUUGUGAAGAAGACUACGCCGUCACUCUUUACGUUGCCGAGUUCGUCAACAGCUUCACCAAUCUUGCAUACGUCUACUGGGCAUUCCGAACACUGCUGCCUGGCGAGAGCUUGUUCACCCAACCCUCCAACCUCGCCCUCUUUUUUGUUGGAGUUUCCUCGCUGGUCUUCCAUCUGACCUUGAAAUAUGAGACUCAGGUCUGCGACGACCUGUCCAUGUUCUGGGUCUGUGCAGCCCUCGUCUACGAACUGUACACCCUGGGCUGGUCGAAACCGGCGAAGCUGGCAUUCGGUUCCAUCUUGACCGCGGUGCUGGGCGUCAUCAGUGCCUACCACUACGCACUCCAUCAGCUGUGGCUGCAUAACGUCACCUUCAUCGCCCUGGUCACCGCCAUCUGGCCCCGAGUGUUGUACCUGAUCCGAACGAGGUUCGCCGGCGAGAAGAAGCAAUACUGGACCAGGCAAUUCCGGGUUGGGGGCCUGUGCUUCCUCAUGGGAUUUGUUGUGUGGGUGAUUGACAGUGCUUAUUGUGGCGCUCUCCGGGAGACCAGGAAGCAGCUGGGGAUCCCUUUUGCUUUCGUCCUGGAACUGCACGGAUGGUGGCAUAUCCUGACCGCCCUCGGAGCCGGCUACUGUAUUCGGGUGACCAAGGUCCUGACGCAGGAACACGCAUCCGCCUAG